AUGGAAGAUAAAAGCACCAUUCACUGUGAGGAGAACAAAUACACAUGGUCUGUGUGCAGAAAAGGCUUCAGCCAAUCAACUGUCCUCAAGAACCACAAAUGCAGUCACACUGGAGAGAUGCCAUGGAAAUGCGUGAACUGUGAGAAAGGAUUCAAUUGCCGCUCUGCGCUGGAAAUUCACCAACGUGUUCACACUGGGGAGAGGCCAUUCAUCUGCUCCCUUUGUGGGAGGGGAUUCGCUCAGUUAUCCACCCUGCUGAAACACCAGCAAGUCACAUCCCAUCAACGUGUUCAUACUGACGAGAGACCGUUUAAAUGUUCAGAGUGUGAGAAGCGCUUUAAAGGUUCCAGGGAGCUGAUCGUCCAUCACCGUGUUCACACUGAUGAGAGACCAUUCAGGUGCUCUCACUAUGGAAACGGGUUCAAGAGAUCAUCCCAACUAACUCUACACCAGCUUCUUCACACUGGGGAUAGGUCGUUCAUCUGCUCUGAAUGUGGGCAGAAACAGAAGUGUGCUGCCAUUGGAGAGAGGCCUUUCACCCACUGCAUGCGUGGGAAGAAAUUCGGUGAAUAUUUCACCCUGUUGAUACACCAGCGAGCUCACACUGGGGAAAACUCUACAAAGUACAGGCUUAAAGUGCUCAGUCUCUCCUCAUAA